CAAAGGAGGCCUUAGAUCCUGAAACUUCUCCUAUUAAAAUCUCCACCGCCGCCAAACCCUCGUUUUCUACAAAAACCCAAGGGUUACAUUCCAGGGAGCUCGAGCCGACUCGAAUCGAUUCUAUGGCGUCUAAGGUGAUCACACUGAAGGCAAAAGGCAAGGCGGCGAAGGGCUCCUCGAGGCCGUCGGAGGACCGGUCGCUGGCCAAAUCCGUCAAGGAAUGGACGAACUGGACCAUGAAGAAAGCCAAGGUGAUCACCCACUACGGCUUCAUCCCGCUCGUCAUCAUCAUCGGCAUGAACUCCGACCCUAAGCCAUCCCUCGCCCAGCUCCUCAGCCCCGUCUGAUUCCCCCUCCUGCCUACUCGUCGAAAUCGCAAGCUAGGGUUUGGGUUUUCUAUAACGGGUCCUUCUCCGUUUUCUUUUUUUUUCGUAGACUUAUUAUGUCUUUAUUAUGCUCUAUGGGUUGUUGAGUACCUUAUGGUGUGAAAGAAGUUUUUAUUGGUAUUAUGGAUUUUAAAGGAAGUGAUAGUUCUUAA